AUGAGCAUUGGACAAAAUUACUUCUCUGCCGAUCAAGGGAUCGAGCACGGGCAAAUCACGCUCAAUGUCCACGAAGCAAGCGGCCAGAAAAUUUCCGGUGGCAUGACGGCACUCCUCGACCUACCUCUUGACGAGGGCAGAGAACUGCUUGUACGUAUGCAUCCAAGUCAUCUGCUCGAGUCAGCUAUUAUCCAGCGCGAACAAGUCAGACUCGGCUACCUCUUUCAGGACUCGAAGAAUACAGCCAAUGCAGCAAGUCCCGAGAAUCAGCCCGAGCGAUUCGCAGACCUUUGCGUCCGUUGCAGUAUAGAUAGGUUGAGACUUCCUGCAUCUCCCACUGAUGAGGCCCAGAUGGCCUUAUAG